AUGGAGGCGGAAUAUGGUGAAGUUGGUGAAGGCGUAUUUGAAGGGGAGACGGAAGCCGAGUCGGCAGUCGAAGUGUUCGGUGAGAGAUUGGGGCAAGUUGAAGCGGACGCAGAAAGUGAAGCGGUAGAACAGGUUGAAUCGGAACGUGUGUCUGUGUUCGCUCCAGUCGAAUUGGAGUCUGAGGCGCUUGCAGAGACUGCAGCACAACCGGAACGGGAACGAUUGGUUGAGCGUGUCGGUGAGAUGGAGGCGGAAUAUGGUGAAGUUGGUGAAGGCGUAUUUGAAGGGGAGACGGAAGCCGAGUCGGCAGUCGAAGUGUUCGGUGAGAGAUUGGGGCAAGUUGAAGCGGACGCAGAAAGUGAAGCGGUAGAACAGGUUGAAUCGGAACGUGUGUCUGUGUUCGCUCCAGUCGAAUUGGAGUCUGAGGCGCUUGCAGAGACUGCAGCACAACCGGAACGGGAACGAUUGGUUGAGCGUGUCGGUGAGAUGGAGGCGGAAUAUGGUGAAGUUGGUGAAGGCGUAUUUGAAGGGGAGACGGAAGCCGAGUCGGCAGUCGAAGUGUUCGGUGAGAGAUUGGGGCAAGUUGAAGCGGACGCAGAAAGUGAAGCGGUAGAACAGGUUGAAUCGGAACGUGUGUCUGUGUUCGCUCCAGUCGAAUUGGAGUCUGAGGCGCUUGCAGAGACUGCAGCACAACCGGAACGGGAACGAUUGGUUGAGCGUGUCGGUGAGAUGGAGGCGGAAUAUGGUGAAGUUGGUGAAGGCGUAUUUGAAGGGGAGACGGAAGCCGAGUCGGCAGUCGAAGUGUUCGGUGAGAGAUUGGGGCAAGUUGAAGCGGACGCAGAAAGUGAAGCGGUAGAACAGGUUGAAUCGGAACGUGUGUCUGUGUUCGCUCCAGUCGAAUUGGAGUCUGAGGCGCUUGCAGAGACUGCAGCACAACCGGAACGGGAACGAUUGGUUGAGCGUGUCGGUGAGAUGGAGGCGGAAUAUGGUGAAGUUGGUGAAGGCGUAUUUGAAGGGGAGACGGAAGCCGAGUCGGCAGUCGAAGUGUUCGGUGAGAGAUUGGGGCAAGUUGAAGCGGACGCAGAAAGUGAAGCGGUAGAACAGGUUGAAUCGGAACGUGUGUCUGUGUUCGCUCCAGUCGAAUUGGAGUCUGAGGCGCUUGCAGAGACUGCAGCACAACCGGAACGGGAACGAUUGGUUGAGCGUGUCGGUGAGAUGGAGGCGGAAUAUGGUGAAGUUGGUGAAGGCGUAUUUGAAGGGGAGACGGAAGCCGAGUCGGCAGUCGAAAGUGUUCGGUGA